UACAGGAGAUGACCAGAGACUGCAGACAUAGUACAGGAGAUGACCAGGGACUGCGAACACAGUACAGGAGAUGACCAGAGACUGCGGACACAGUACAGGAGAUGACCAGAGACUGCAGACAGUACAGGAGAUGACCAGAGACUGCGGACACAGUACAGGAGAUGACCAGAGACUGCAGACAGUACAGGAGAUGACCAGAGACUGCGGACACAGUACAGGAGAUGACCAGAGACUGCGGACAUAGUACAGGAGAUGACCAGAGACUGUGAACAUAGUACAGGAGAUGAGCAGAGACUGCGGACACAGUACAGGAGAUGACCAGAGACUGCGGACACAGUACAGGAGAUGACCAGAGACUGUGGACAUAGUACAAGAGAUGACCAGAG